GAGAAAUACUUGACCUUUUUACCACAUUCCGGGCUUCACAACCAACGCCUGGCUCUCAUUAAUGCCAUGGUGCUCGCUAAAGCGACUAAUCGAACCCUCAUUAUGCCUCCAGUGAAUAUCGGCAAAGCUGCCAACUGGCGAUCGGACAACAUUCUGGCCAAACGAUUAAGUGAAUGUGUGUCAAAGCAUCGCUCUUUUGCUCGUCAUUGUGGUAUCUACAGAAAAGUGGUCCCGAUAUCGGUUGCCACGGUGUUUGAUCUUACCGCUGUACGCGCGGCGGGCAUUCGUACGAUCCAGCGGGAUGAUAUGGAUUUGAAUUAUUUCAGAAACCGACUUGAUCUUAACUCGGACGACAUUUACACAGUGCAAGACCGCACGCGAUUCUCGUAUCGGAUCUAUGAUAGUCGCGAGAAUCAAAUGGAUGUACGUAACUACGAGCAACGUAUUAAUUUGGAAGAUCUUCAAGCUCGUCCUGAGCGUCUUAUCCAAUUUGGGUCGUUAUUUGGAACGCCUCGAUUGGCAUUGCAACGUGGGGACCUUGAUUGGCUGCGAGAGAACCUGUUCACCGAGAUGGGAAUGGCCCAUCCUAUUGUAACUGAGCAAGCACUGCAGGUCAUCGGACGCUUAGGUGGUCCCGGCCAAUUCACCAGUCUUCAUUUUCGACAAGGCGAUGGUGUUUUCCGAGCCACAGUGGCGAAAACGAUGGCGAGAAUCAAUAUGAUUUUGUCCCGCAAACAAGAUCUCAAUGACGCCAUGACAGCCGAGGACGAGGAACGGAUCACAAGCAUCGGGUUACUUGGGCGUACAAACGAUCGCGAGGAACAUCUGACGCAAUGCAUUCUUGCCCAGCGUUCGUAUGCCGUUCACCCACGUCUACAACUUAUCUUUAUGGCCACCGAUGCGCGGCAACCCCGGCAAACCUUGCCUCAGCUUCACGAAGAAUACGUAUGUCUAUUUUCUUUGUCGGAUUUCCCCGAUAUCCUGGAAAGCACUUUGACCAUCACCCCUGCACCAGCGGAACAAGCUGAACUGUAUCCCAGCCAUCUGGGACCUUUGUUGUACCCACUCAUUGAUGCCGAAAUUGCCAGCUAUGCCUCCUCCUUUAUUCCUACGCCGAAAAGCACCUUUUCAAAAUAUAUCCAUUAUCGCAACCAGCGAUUCAAGGCGUAUUAU